UGCCGGAAGAGCGCGACCAAAAUUAACUCGCUCGUGCCGUCUUUCUCUUUCUGUAGCAUAUUUAUUUAUUUACUUAUUUAUGAAAUGUACAACUGAAGGUCUUUUGUGACCUUUUUUUCCGACUCGGAUGAUCAUUUAAAUUGGCUACAAAGACCAAGAGCUUUUUUUUUUCUUUUUUACAGGUUUAAAGUGAACAAAGUAGCUGCAGAAGAAGUGUUUGUUUCCCUGCUGUAUACCUGUGUGAGUCAUGUGGGAAAUGGAGAUUAGAGGCAUGGCAUCAGCUCAUGCCCUCCUCGCCGGCUCUGUGUUGGUGGGAAGCCUGAUGCCUGCGAUCACUGUGGAAAACUUCUCGGUGUAUGCGACACAUUUGGUGUGGCUCUAUUCUGUUUCUGGUUGUGUUGCUGUAGUCAACAUUGCUGUGUUUUGGCUUCUUGGCAUCAGUCCACCAACAAAGAAACACACACUGAGCUAUAAGUUGUCUCGACUGAUUAGAUCCUGUGUGUAUUUUCUGCUGUCUUGCCUUUUCUUCCACAUCGUGGUUGUUCUGUAUGGGGCACCUCUUCUGGAGUUGGCUCUGGAGACGUUUUCUCUGGCUGUACUGCUCUCUACUCUCACCACACUGAGGUGUCUGUGUAUGCUCGGUCCAAAUGUACAGGCGUGGAUCCGGGUUUUCAGUAGAGAUGGGGCCAUGUCCGUGUGGGACACCUCACUUCAGAUUACUACUGGCUGUAGCGUGGUUGGAGCUUGGCUUGGAGCGUUCCCCAUUCCUCUUGACUGGGACAGACCCUGGCAGGUGUGGCCCAUUUCCUGUUCCCUCGGGGCGACAGGAGGAUUUCUGGCAGGACUGCUAGUUGCUCCGAUCUGGAUCCGCUGGCAUCGCAAGCAACUCACCUACAAACUCAAGUGAAGGACAGGAACUUACAGGCACAGGCCAUGUUCUGGAUCAGCGUCCAAGGGCUGCGUUAUAAAUCAUCACCCUGCAACUUCCUCAUGCUUGCACCAGCUCUGUUAAGUCAUGUCCUCGGAGGUCAAAUGCAGCAAUAAAGUAUAUUUUCCCCUCA